AUGAAGCAAGUAUUGGACGUUCUCCAGGAUUCAACAAUUGCCUCAAAGGGUGGCAAGGAUGGUCGCUCUCGAUUCUGGACGGCAUACAGAGGAGUCGCGGAGGAACACGAUGGCGACUUCCUUGAGCAAUACGCUAGCGACAUGGACAUUGUCUUGAUCUUCUCCGGUCUUUUCUCCGCUGUCAGCACAUCUUUCAUCAUAGCAAUGGAGUCCAGGCUCAGUCCUGACCCCAGCGACACCACCAACGCCCUGCUCGCGCAGCUCGUACAAAUCGGAAUGGGCACCCUCGCAGCGGGCUCUACGCCAGCAGCGCCGGCAUCUACGUGGUCUCCAUCCACGGCAGAUGUAAAGAUCCAAGUGAUUGCAUACGCGAGCUUGUGCAUGAGUCUGCUCGCUGCUUUCGGGGCCGUGCUAGGCAAGCAGUGG